ACAUUUUAUAUGUGGAAUUUGCAACAAACAAUUGUCAACAAAGCGUAAUUUAACAGUGCAUAUGAAAUUGCAUACUGAUGAAAACUCAUUUAAAUGUGAAAUUUGCAACAAACAAUUGUCAACAAAGGGUAAUUUAACAAUGCAUAUGAACUUGCAUACUGAUGAAAAACGAUUUAUAUGUGAAAUUUGCACCAAACCAUUUUCAGCAAGGCAUUAUUUAACAGUACAUAUGAAAUUGCAUACUAGUGAAAAGCCAUUUAAAUGUGAAAUUUGCACCCAACAGUUUUCAGUUAAACAAUAUUUAAAAACGCAUAUGAGAGUGCAUACUGGUGAAAAAUUAUUUGAAUGUGAAAUUUGCACCAAGCAGUUUUCCACGAAACACGUUUUAAAAACACAUAUGAGAGUGCAUACUGGUGAAAAACCAUUUGAAUGUGAUAUCUGCACCAAACAGUUUUCAGUGAGAUUAAAUUUAAAAUUGCAUAUGAGAGAGCAUACUGGUGAACAACCAUUUGAAUGUGAAAUUUGCAAUAAACAAUUUUCGACAAUGGCCUAUUUAAAAAAACAUAUGAAAUUGCAUACUGAUGAGAACUCAUUUAAAUGUGAAAUUUGUGCCAAGCAAUUUUCAACAAAGAGUUAUUUAGCACUACAUAUGAACUUGCAUUUUGGUGAAAAACCAUUUAAAUGUUCAAUUUGCAACAAACAAUUGUCAACAAAGAGUAAUUUAACAUUGCAUAUGAACUCACAUACUGAUGAAAAACGAUUUGAAUGUGGAAUUUGCACCAAACCAUUUUCAACGAAGCAUUAUUUAGCACUACAUAUGAAAUUGCAUACUAGUGAAAAACCAUUUAAAUGUAAAAUUUGCCCAAAACAGUUUUCAGUGAAACUAUAUUUAAAAACGCAUAUGAAAGUGCAUACUGGUGAAAAACCAUUUGAAUGUGAAAUUUGCACCAAGCAGUUUUCAGCGAAACAAAAUUUAAAUAGGCAUAUGAGAGUGCAUGCAUACUGCUGAAAAACGAUUUGAACGUGAUUAUUGCACCAAACAGUUUUUAACAAAACAAGAUUUAAAAUUGCAUAUGAGAGAUGAAAAACCAUUUUAAUGUCAAGUUUGCAUCAAACAAUGUUGAACGUAACUACUUUCUAAUCCAGCGGUUCCUAAAUGGUGGUCCGCGGAACCCCAGUAUGGUGCGCGGCAAACCUCUUGAGUUCGACAAAAUACACCGACCAACAAAAAAGCUGAAUUUAAGGAGAGAACUAUUUUAAAAAGAGAAAAUAUGAUGAAUCCUACAUGUCCUUCGGAUAUAUUCCUGUGGGAAUUGCUGAUAAUCCAGAUGGACAAUGCGUUAUUUGCAGUAAAAUUAUGUGCACUAGCUCUCUUGUACUUGCAAAUCUUCUUGUGUCAAGGGCAUCUUGACACCAACCAUCCGCAACUGAAAGACAAAAGUGUAAGCUUUUUUCAAAUACACAAAGAAGAAGUACAUAAAACCGGAAUUACUGCUUUACUGAGAUAUGUCAAAACAGAUGACAAUAUAAUGGCUCAUAUUAUCCGUAUGCGCGCCAAUGGGUUCUCUUGUGAAGAUAAUAUGAAACCUAAUUCCAGUAGCCUAUUAACAAAUCAUGAUAGACGUGACAGUAAUUUCAACCCAUGCAUAACUUCCAUUGCCAAUGUGAACACUGGAGGACAACAUUUUAUUUGUGCAAUUUGCAAGAAACAAUUGUCAUCAAAGCGUAAUUUAACAAGGCAUAUGAAAUUGCAUAGUGAUGAAAUAUCAUUUAAAUGCGAAAUUUGCAACAAACAAUUUUCGUCAAUGAGUUAUUUAAAAAUACAUAUAAAAUUGCAUACUGAUGAAAACUCAUUUAAAUGUGAAAUUUGCAACAAGCAAUUGUCCACAAAGGGUACAUUAACACUGCAUAUGAACUCGCAUACUGAUGAAAAUCUAUUUGAAUGUGAAAUUUGUACCAAGCAGUUUUCUUUGAAACAAAAUUUAAAUAGGCAUAUGAGAGUGCAUACUGGUGAAAAACCAUUUGCAUGUGAUAUUUGCAUCGAACAGUUUUCAACGAAACAACGUUUAAAGUCACAUAUGAGAGUGCAUACUGGUGAAAAACCAUUUAAAUGUGGGAUUUGCAACAAACAGUUUUCACAGAAACCAAAUUUAAAUAGGCAUAUGAAAGUUCAUACUGGUGAAAAAUCAUUUGAAUGUGAUAUUUGCACCAAGCAGUUUUCAGAGAAACAAAAGUUAAAAAUACAUAUGAGAGUGCAUACUGGUGAAAAACCAUUUGAAUGUGAUAUUUGCAUCAAACGGUUUUCAGUGAAACAAGAUUUACAAUCGCACAUGAGAGUGCAUACUGGUGAAAAACCAUUUGAGUGUGAAAUAUGCAACAAACAAUUAUCAACAAGGAGUGGUUUAAAACUGCAUGUGAAAUUGCAUACUGGUGAAAAACCAUUUGAAUGCGAAAUAUGCAACAAACAAUUAUCAACAAAGGGUUAUUUAUUACUACAUAUGAAAUUACAUACUGCUGAAAACUCAUUUCAAUGUGAAAUUUGCACCAAACCAUUUUCAGCAAGACGUUAUUUAGCGCUACAUAUGAAAUUGCAUACUAGUGAAAACCCAUUUAAAUGUGAAAUUUGCACCAAGAAGUUUUCAUCGAAUAGAGUUUUAAAAAUGCAUAUGAGAGUGCAUACUGGUGAAAACCAUUUGAAUUUGAAAUUUGCACCAAGCAGUUUUCAGAGAAACAAAAGUUAAAUAGGCAUAUGAGAGUGCAUACUGGUGAAAAACCAUUUUAAUGUGAAAUUUGCAACAAGUAAUUAUCAACAAAGAGUGGUUUAACACUACAUGUGAAGUUGCCUUCUGAUGAAAACUCAUUUAAAUGUGAAAUUUGUACCAAACAAUUUUCAACAAAGAGUUAUUUAUUACUACAUAUGAAAUCACAUACUGAUAAAAAACUAUUUAAGUGUGCAAUUUGCAACAAACAGUUUUCAAUGAAACUAUAUUUAAAAAAGCAUGAGAGUGCAUACUGCUGAAAAAGCCUUUUAAUGUGAAGUUUGCAUCAAACAAUGUUCAACGAAACUACGGUAUGCGGCAAAAUAAACAGGACUGAAAUUCGUGUGCCUCAACUUUGUUACAAAUACAGUAUGUGUUAGGCGUCGAAACGUACUGAGUGAUUUCCGAACGUCGUUAUAACGUAUGUGAAUGUCGUGAUACUGUUGGGUGUAAGAUUUAGUUAAUACUUCUUUAACACUUUAUGUGUUGGUGGUUGAUUAUCGUCACGUUUAGUAAAUAGAUAUCGAAAGUAGUGUUACGUUAGUCACUUGUAAAUGACUCCUAGAUCGGGCCCUCUAGUAAUCACACCAUCGACCGUACCUGUUUACUGCUUGCUCAGGUAAUAAAAAACAAUAGAGGCUUCGUGAAGGAUCGAAGCGUUUCUCAACCUUCGAGAUGGAAUCACCGAAAAGGUUAGUUCCAGAACCGGCAUCAAAUAUUAUAAAUAAUAGAAUUUGUAUGAAACGGACUGAGUUAUUAUCUUGAUGUCGCGGGUUAUAAAUGUAUUGUAAUGUCUAAAAAUAGAUUGUACAAAAUAAUUGUAGAUAUAAAUUAUAUGUUUCAGUGAAUAUAAUAAAUUAAAUAAAUAUGAAUGUAAUAAAUUAAAUAAUAAGUGAAUGUAAUUAAUGAAAUAAAGGCAAACAAAUUAAGUGUU